AUGAGAGGAUGUUGUAGGAAGAGUCGGGCCAAAACUUAUGGUUGCUGGGGCCAACAGUGGGCUGAGCUGGAAGGUGCGGAUGCUGUGAUUGGAUUCAGUGGAGCAGGCAACAGACCCAAGGGUAGUAUGUCAAGCUCAACCGUAGUAGGAGGAAGGGCAACCUGUGAAGUCUUAAAUGGAAAAUACAUUUCAUUAAAUAUUACACUACGAGAGACAUAA